CUACAGACCUUCCAGACCCUUCAAGACCACUACAGACCUUCCAGCCCCUCCAUACCAAUACAGAUCUUCCAGACCCCUACAGACCACUACAGACCUUCCAGACCCUUCAAGACCACUACAGACCUUCCAGACCCUUUCAUACCAAUACAGAUCUUCCAGACCCCUACAGACCACUACAGACCUUCCAGACCACUAAAUACCUUACAGAUCCCUACAGACCUUCCAGACCACUAAAGACCUUACAGACCCCUACAGACCUUACAGACCCCUACAGACCUUACAGACCACUAACGACCUUACAGACCCCUACAGACCUUCCAGACCCCUACAGACCUUCCAGACCACUACAGACCCUUACAGACCUUACACACCUUCCAGACCACUACAGACCCUUACACACCUUCCAGACCCCAACAGACCUUUCAGACCACUACAGACCACUUCAGACCACAACAUAACCUUACAGACCCCUACAGACCCCUACAGACCACUACAGGACGGAGGAGACAGGACGGAGUCUAAGGUGAUGCUGGUUCAGAGGCUCCAGUCGGGCCGAGGUGAACCAGGCUGCAGACGGACGGACUGACGGCCCGGUGUGUCCUCUGCGCACACAUUAUAUAACCAGACUCCCCUCCAACGACCCCGGGUGGAGCUGUCGGGUGGAGCGGGUUGAUGAGCCGCAGCCAGGCCGCCGGUCGAGGCUGCAGCAGCGGCCUGGCUGCGGCUCAUCAACCCGCUGACGAGAUCGCACAAAGCCGCUCAUGAUAAACCAGAGACGCGAUUAGAAGAAGAAGCAGCAGCUGGUACCUGAUCCGAUCCGCCGCUCAACGAACACACGUCACCGCAGAAAGAACCUCCGUCCGCCGCAGCGCCGCCAUCCGAGACACGAGGCCGGUCCGGGUCCGAGGAGCGAGCAGCACCGCCGGGUCAGAGAGAGAGUCCCGCCGCAGGAGCGUGUCCCUCAACCGGCUGCUUAGUCCGCUGCACCCCGCUGCUCCUCCGCCGGGUGUCGGUGGUAAAAUGGAGGUGGCGUCUCUGGGAAUAGAAACACGACACCUCUUCAGUCACUACCCCGCCUCGAACAGCCAACCAUCCAGACCGAACCCCUCAGUGGACAACUUCAUCAGAGAAGGAUUCACUACAGCCCAGUAGCCACCAGAGGGAGCCACCGCACCACCAGAGAACAGUCACGAACCACACGGGACCAAAGCACUAAAGGACACACCAGCCCCCCCUCACCAUCCCAACCACCAGCACUAAAGCAGCACCCCCCCCCCCCCCCCCACUGCUCUGCAGAACACAGGUCCUAGCAACACUCCUGAAUAAAAUUCAACAGCUCUUCACAGAACUCAAUAAAAAUAUAAAAUCAACUCCACUUGCCCACUUCAUUCCACAACUCCAAAACACUAUCGAACUUAUGAGCACAACCCUGAUGCUCGGCACCCCGAUGGAAACACCCCCCACCCCUGCAAAAAACUCCAAACAUGCAUCACUGCAAUAUAAAUCUGGUCAAACAUGUGGAGAACCUAACUAAACCCCACCAAAGCUCAGCUCAUCCUAUUCACCAGACUCAACCACCUCAAACCAACUCUCCCCUCACCCUGGCCAGAGGCAACGUUUCUAGGAGUGACAUUUCAAAGAAACAUGACCUGGACCACCCACAUCAAUAACCUGGAAAGACAAGGAAACCACAGACUCAACCCUCUCAAAGCACUCAGCGGACACAAACACGGAGCAUCACUGGAAAUCACCCUCAAGGUUUAUCAAACGUACAUCAGAUCCAUAUUUAGCCUGGACCACAGCCUCACAACACCAAUUCAACAGACUACAAAUCAUCCAGAACAAGGCAACACACAUGGCACCCAGACUCCCACAGUACAUCAGCACCGACUACAUCCACAGAAUGUCUGGACUCAAAACAAUACAAGAAAGAAACCUCAUCCUCACAGAAAAAUACAUCCAUAGAGCCAUUCACAACCCAGCAAUGACACAGCUAAUCCACGAAUUACAAUGGGCCACCGGACACCCCUCUCCAUAAUCCUUCAAAAACAAACCACCGUAACCUCCAACAGUAACCCAUAGCUACACUUACGGUCAAUUUACCCAUCCCAUCUACACUCCACACACCCCGUACAGGCAUCAUUCUUCCUAUACAAUGUUUUAUUUUACAUUAUUUAUUUAUUUUCUUACUGUGAUCUUAAUACCACAACUGCCAGCCACCUCCAGACACACAUACACACACCAUUAGUCUAUGCCCAGUUAUGUUGGCUUAUUCUGUUCUAUUUUAUUUAUUUAUUUAUUUAUUUACUUUUUUGCUUGAAUCCAUGUGUGUGUGUGUGUAUCUUCUUUUUCUUCUUUCUCUUUAAAUUUUCAAUAUUAUCUACUUAUUUUUUUAAUCAAUUAAUUGUUUUAGACCCCAAAAAAUUUAAAAUAAUUAUAAAUUCUGGUCACAUGCUGCAUCCAACCCUCUCGUGGGCUCCUCCUCCACGUACUCGUCGAACCGGUUCACUGGGAAGUUUCCACCGACGUCACAAAGCUACUCCUGAACUCACCAUGAUUGUACCUGACUCCGCCCCCGGGCUCACGCCCCUCCCCCCGGCGGAGCGGAGCAGCACAGCGGGAUGAUGGAGUGUCUGGAUCCCGUCGUGUUCUUCCUGAGCGGGGCUCUGAUCACCGGGGGCGCGCUCUUCCUGUGGGCACAGACCCGGAGGCGCACGGCCUACGGCCGCUACGUGUCCGCGGAGGGUCGCUGCUGUCCGGCCCGGCUGGGCUGGUUCCUGCAGGAGGUCCCGGCCUUCCUGCUGCCGCUGCUGCUGCUGCUGCUGACCGGCGGGGCCGGGGGGGCCGGGGGGGCCGGCGGGGCCGGCGGGACCGGGCGGACGCUGCUGCUCUGCACCUUCAUGCUGCACUACUUCCACAGGAGUUUCAUCUACGCCCUCCGGACCAGGGGUCGACCCGUCCCCCUGACAACCGUCCUCUACGCCGCCAUUUUCUGCUCCCUCAACGGCUUCCUGCAGGGACACCACCUGCUGCACUGCGCCCGCUUCGACCACACCUGGCUGAGCCGCGCUCGUAUGGCCGCAGGUUCACUUCUGUUUGUCGUUGGUUUGAGCAUCAACAUCCACAGUGACCUCAUCCUGCGUCGCCUGAGGGAACCUGGAGAGGUCGUCUACCGGAUCCCCCACGAUCCUGAUCCACAACUCACUGUGGUACUCACAUGGUUCUCCUCAGGGGGGAUGUUCCACUUCGUGUCCGGGGCGAACUUCUUUGGUGAGAUCGUGGAGUGGAGCGGAUACGCCAUAGCCUCGUGGUCGUUACCGACCUUCGCCUUCGCCUUCUUCACCGUCUGCUCCAUCGGGCCCAGAGCCUUCCACCACCACAGGUACCUGUCUGUGUGUCUCCUCCACCACCACAGAGACUACCAGCAGAGGUUUGAUGAUUAUCCUCGAUCCAGGAAAAUCCUGAUUCCUUUCAUACUGUGAUGAACCAAUGGUCUCAUCAUGGUGACCUGCACCACCUCCUCUCCACCUGUGACUCCACCU